AUGUCCACUCACAAUCCAUGGGCAGACAGUCCAUACCCAUGGCGCAACCCCGCCAUCAUCUUCUCAUCACCCCCAGAGUCCCUCAUCCUCGCCGACCUAAAACGCUCCUGGCACUUCCAGCGAGAAGCACAAUCCUGCUGGAUGCAAAAAGUGAUUUGGACCUCAGUUGACCGCUUCCGCAUUGUCCUUCGCGACGUCGAAGGCACCGUAGGCGACAUAGCAAAAGAGCUGUGUAACAAGCCUACGGCAUUCUAUUGGCUCCAGUCUGCACAAACAGGUGCGCCCCAUACCCCCGAAAAGACUUGCAUGUCCGGCGGUGUGUUUGCUGCUAUAUACGAGGAAUGGCGUCGGAGCUGUGGCAAGCUGGAUAUUGAGUUUGGACAUUUUUUCGCUGCGCCCGUGAGAGUUGCUGGUACGGGUCCGGACAGCCUACCAGAUAUCUUGAAGGCACAUUCAUCGCUUUGUGAGCAAGCACAGCGUGUCUCGUUGGAGAUGGAGAACUACUCCGUGCAUCCGCUUCUUCCUGCUGUUAUCCUUGUAUGCGACCGCCGUGACUCAACCGCUAGAUGCGGACCAGAUGGCUUCGUUAGUCUGCGCGAAGUGGGGAGGACGAAGACUGUGCUGGUUAUUCUCACAGGAGGAAGAAGUCGAACCAGCACCGGUAUCCACAUAUCUCUAGAUCCUCUCAAACCCUUCGCCCUACCUAUCGACAGAGACGAUGUCGCUCGCCUUGAUAUCCUGCGCGUGCCCCUGGAUAUCGCUGUUAGGUUUGUCAUUGAGUUGGAGGCCAGGAUCGAUGAGCGAAAGGAACCGAGCAGUGCAAGUUUAGACAAGAGUCUCUGUCUGCAUCAAACACCCGUCGGAUACAGUAGCGAUAUUAGGUUUUACCCCAACGUAUGGGCUCGCAUAAUACAGGCAGAGGCGUUGAAGAAUGGGUUUCGGGAGUUGGCGGAUACGAAAUUUGCUGCUGUACGCGUUCAUGCACAGCUUUCUGGGGAAGAGUCGGGUUGUGAAUUAGAGCACAUGCCAUUUGGUCAGACGUGGAAGCCUUGA